CCCACAGAGCGGCCACGGUUUCCGUCGAGGGCAUGAUGCAGCGCUCGUUUUGCGAGUUCAACCAGAUCUGUCAGGCGGACAACUACCGCAGGCAGCUCGAGGUCGCCGAGAAGGAGUACUCCGAGAAGUGCAGCGCCCCCCUCGCGUCGCACCUCGCCCCCCUCGCCGCCUUCUACGAGACCGCGGCCGCCUACCUCGACGUGCUCAACGAGAUAAUGCCCAUACUGCUGAACCAAUCGAAGGUGGCAAAGGAAUUGGACGCAGGGAAGAUACUGAUCGUCUCCGCAGGGCCUUAUAUCAAUCAGCUGGCCGUGUAUUUGAAUAGCACUGGUCCACGACAAACUCCCUAUAAGGUUUUAGUACUGAACACGCCGAUCCAAGACUCGUCGCGGUAUAACUUCGAAAUCGAUGAAAAUUGGUACAGGAUGCUCAGUUUCUCUGCUACAUACGACACCAUAGGUACAGAGGAAAGCACGAUGGAUCAUAAAGUAUUGUGUAUCGCGCCAAGGAACAUAGUUGCGGUAACGAAAAUGAACCUAAAAAUCGACGUCACUCGCAUUAUACAAGACUGGGAACAGCGGCAGAUACCGCGGUUCAAGGACGCUCCGGUGGGGGCGAGCUGCGCCAGCACGGUGCAGGAGCUGUCCCGCAUGUCGCACGCCGCCCGCGCCGGCGCCGUCCAGCUCGAGCGGAUCAACCUCACGCACUCCCUCGCCAUCUCCACCGGCGAGAUACUGCAGGCACUAGACAAGCUUAAAGCACUAGCUACUGAACUCGAGGCCCACAAGAAAUUUACCGAUAUAGCGAACUUCAAGUCUGAAUUCGCUGUGGUAUACGAACGCAAACAAGCUGAGAGGAAGCGAGAUAAAUAUAAACGUCUACUGUCGUUCGAGAACUUGUCUCUCUACCCCGACUACCAACGGAGACUGCUAGUCCUCAGGGAGCUGAGCUACAUCGACGAACACGAUAGCGUUAUACUGAAAGGUCGCGUGGCGUGCGGAAUGGGAACAAACGAACUGAUCAUAUCGGAGCUGAUAUUCCGGAACGUGUUCGCCGACAAGACCCCGGCAGAAAUUGCCGCGCUGCUCAGCUGCUUCGUGUUCCAAGCCAGGACCCAGAUCACGAACCCGCUCACAGAGAAACUGACUGAAGGCGUCAAAGCCAUUGAGGAGAUCGACGCCGAAAUCGCUUCUAUAGAGGCUAAAUAUUUAGUAAGUCACUUCGAAGGGCAAGCAGAGAGGUUGAACUUUGGCCUUGUAAGGGUAGUGUAUGAAUGGGCUUUGGAGAAACCUUUCGCAGAGAUUAUGGACCUAACGGAUGUUCAAGAAGGAAUCAUUGUCAGAUGUAUACAACAGUUGCAUGAGUUACUGGUAGACGUGAAAGACGCAUCCGUGGCGAUCGGUGAUCCGAAACUUCAGUCGAAAAUGAUGGAAGCGUCUACAUCUAUAAAGAGAGAUAUCGUGUUCGCUGCCAGUUUGUAUACAACCCAGAAAGAAGCAUUGAAUACGUAAUAAAAACUAACGGAUUUUUAAAUACCUUUUUUAAAUGCUUUUAAUUGUAAAACUCUAAAAUUGAAAUAGAAGAUCGGACAUGUCAUGAAACUAAAUAAAACCAUGCAGAACAACAUUUCAAGCCUGAUAGUCAUACGUGGGUACUCAAACGAAAAUUGGCUUAUUUUGCAGUUUUCGUAAAUUAAAAUUCAUAAUUCACAAAACUUUAUAUUGUUUUUUUUUUAUUGUUAUUGCUGUCCGAUCGCCUAUUGUGGAAUUGCAACUAUGAAAUGAGUAGAAAACCAAAAAAAUAAUGAUUACAAUAUUAGUCUCGGCUCUUAUAACAACAGUUACACACCAAAUUCAGUGGAGACUAUAACAUAAAAGAUUUAAAGAUAUGUAUAUGGAUGUUAAUUUCAAAUAGUAAACGCUUUCAAAUGUAUAUUGCAAAUACAUAAUCGGACCUUUAAAUACAAAACAUAUUUUGUACAACUUUAAUUUGUGAUUUUUAUAACCAUAAUCGACCGUACUGCCGCUAUAUUUAAUUUUAUGUAGUGAUAAAUUAUUUUUUAUUUUUACAUUUGAAUAA